AUGAUGAUGAGUGUUUUGGAUGCGGAGGCAACCCCGCCAUGUUUUGAUCCAUCUAAACCCCUGCCCAUUGAAGAUGUCAAAGCAGUAAUAGAGUUUUGCACUGCCUGGAAAAACGAUAUAAGGCAACUAUCUCAUCCGUUGGUAUUUGGAACUCACUGGACAACGACAGAUUAUUGCUUGCAGCAAUUUCUAGAGCCGGUCAAAGGGCCUACCAAGAAACGAGGAUUAAAGAAGGCAGCUGCUUCAAACACCGUUGACCUUCCACUCAGCAACCUGAACAAUACACAUCACUAUGUGCAAGGUACGUGGCAACACGAGUAUGGGCAAGCUUGGACCAAGGUCCGAAAGGUCUAUUUUCCAUAUAAUCUUCAAGAGUCCCACUGGGUUGCAAUCGAAAUUGACUUUGUGAGACAUACUGCAACUGUGUAUGACUCUGAUACUCUGGCACGGGUGCUGUACGAUAUGCACUUUUAUGACACUUCUGAGGUUGAAGAGGUUAAGCAAAAGGGGAUGAAGAUGUCCAUGUUUAUGCCAUUCACAAUUUGCAACAUUGGAGAUGUGCCACAACAACGUGAUGGUACCUUUUGUGGAAUCAUGACAAUGAAAUUCAUCGAGCAUCUCAGUGUCGGCAUUUCAUUGGAUAAAGUUGACCCUUCGAAGUUCAAAUAUUACCGACUCAAGCUUGCGAUAGAGGGAAGUCCUUUAUAUGAAGAUGCAAACAUAGAAGCUUUGCUGGAGGUGCUUUAG